UAUCCAAUAUGGACGAUAUUUUUUUGAAUGUAAAGUGUAGAAAAUUGGCCACUAAAAUUACGUCAGACUGCAGACUUUUAAGAAAAUUAUCAAAUCACAAGUGUAUACAUUAACAGGUGCGUGAAAUUGGAAAAAAUAUCAUCUGUUUGUAUAUUAAAAAAUCUAAAUCGGGAUUCGUUGCCAACUUUCAGCCAAGUUAAAUUCAGUUUGAAGUCAAGAGUUGACGGUUAAAAUAUAUUUUUUGCGGAAAUGAAAAACUUAUUAAGCUACGGCUUUUUAUUAGUCAUUGCUAUUCUCAAGAGAUCGGAUAGUGAAACUAAUUCAUCUACGGUUGACAAUGAAAAAAGCUACUGGAACAAAAAUACGCAACAUACUGUCUGGGUACGGUAUAACCCGUACUUGAGAGCUCGUACACAAACAAAAGCAGAAGAACUGUGGGAGAAAUAUUCAAAUAUGAAAAUAAGAGUUGGAGUUUGCGAGCAAACGGUUAAGCAUAUCGAGUUUCAGUUAGCGCAACAGCUUCUCAGGACCGAAUGGUGCGAGAACGUGACUCGAUCUAGAGACCAUACGAUUGAGUCGCUGGAUACGUUUAUCGAUAAACUACGGUUGGAAAUUAAUAACUUAACUAAGCUAAACACUCAACUGAAAGAGAAACUGGCUGAGUAUAAAGUAAAUUUGAAAGAAUCACAAUCAUCGAGCUGUAUAGGCAAAUUAACCGAUAUUUACGAGAUAAAAGUGCCUGGCAUCGACUCAUUUCUGGUGCCCUGUGACUCGAGUUUGGCCGGCUCCGGUUGGACUGUCAUACAAAGGCGGCAGGAUGGAAGCGUUAAUUUCAACAGAAACUGGGACAAUUAUCGUCACGGAUUUGGUGAUAUGCAUGGGGAGUUUUUCAUUGGACUUGAGAAGCUGCACCUUCUUACCAAGUCGCAAACACACGAGCUAUAUAUAUACCUAGAGGACUUUGAAAAUGAACAACGUUAUGCUCGAUACAGUCGGUUUAUGAUAGGCAGCGAGGAAACUGGUUUUAAAUUAAUCUCGCUCGGUUCAUAUUCUGGAGACGCUGGCGAUGCAAUGAAAUGGCAAAGAAACAUGAAGUUCACAACUUUUGAUUCGGAUAAUGACAACAACAUGAAAAAUUGCGCUUCAAAAUGGGAAUCUGGCUGGUGGUUUGACGACUGUUAUGUUACUAAUCUAAAUGGACUAUUCACUACAAACGCAGUUCAUUUAUCUCAACCUGGAAUUAAGUGGAAUACAUGGCAUUAUAAAUCUCUGAAAUUUGUUCAAAUGAUGAUAAGACCAAAAAUGAAUUGAUAAGCUCAGUUAAACCAACUUCGUGAUGAUUCGACCGAAAGCAAACAAUAUCAAUAUUUUUUGUACGGUAAUGUAAUCAUGCACACGCAUACAUAUCAACAUUGCAUAUACAUAUAUGAAACAUAUAAAUGCAUACACACAAAUGGGACUUCUAUAUGGGUAUUUGAAAUAGGAUCUGCCACUUCAUGGCCAAGAUCCAAGCGGCGCCCGUAGGAUCGUCACUCGCCGAAAUAUGAAGAGUAUAUACUUCAGACCAUCGUUCGAAUGAGAGACCUUUUGUAAUCAUGUACAUAGCAGGCAAACUCGUAUAUAUUAUGGGAAUAAUAAAAAUUGUAAGCAAUUACUUUCCUCCUUUAAAAUAACGUACGUGCGAUAGCUAAAGAAAAAUAUAAAAUUACUCAUAUCAGUUAGCAUUUAAAUAUUUAUUAGAGAAGCAACAGCUGCAAUUUGAGCAGCUUUUAUACAUGUACACAUGAGUAUAAACACAAAGCUUCAUGGCCGGUUCGCGCUCAAACAGAUUCAGUCUUCUGUUGAACUUGACUGUGUGAUGAUUGUAAUCGGGUAUUUUCAAUAACCAUGAGUUCAAAAUUGCAAUUUAUUUUAAUAGUGUGCGUAGUCAUUUGGAUAUUAGAGUCAGAAAAUCAUCAAAAAAAACAGGAGGAGCCAGAGAGUGAAGUUCCCAAUAUGCCAAAGAUAAAAUCUAGGGAAGAUUUUAUCAAAGAAAUGGAAGAAAACUGGUCAGCAUAUUUUGUGCAUAAAAUAAAGCCCACACUUGAACAAACAAUGAACAUACAAGGUUUACACCAGCAGAUUAUAGAGCAAGAGGAAAUGAUAAUAACAUAUCAGAAGCUAUUAGGAGCGAUGGAAGCCAAUUUAAGUGUCUGUGAAAUAAACAACAAGGCUAAAGAAAUGAUAAUUGAUCAAAUGCUGUCUAGAGUUUUGUUAAGCGAUGCAAAUAAAGUGAAAAAAUCCUUUAAGUCAAAUUGUAUUGGUAAAUUGACCGAAAUUUACGAGAUAGAAGUGCCUGGCAUCGACUCAUUUCUGGUGCCCUGUGACUCCACUUUGGCUGGUUCCGGUUGGACAGUCAUACAGAGGCGACAGGAUGGAAGCGUUAAUUUU